AGGCACGUGUUGAAAGGGAUAUCAAGGCUGACCUUGCGCCACCAUGGGACGGUCCCCACCGUCGCCACAUCUUAGAUACCCUUUUUUUUACUUCUUCAAGAUCGCCUGGUGCGCAUUUUAUUAUCCCUCAGAAAUCUCUAUCAUCUAGACCAAUUAUGUUCACGUCCUUGUCAUCUCAUGACGAGCCCUAUCGUGUCUCACAUAGAGAUAAUCGUGGUGUUCCCACCCUACUCUCCCCUUGGGAGUACCUUGAAGACUAUGGCAUAGUCCACCCAUCAGGAUGCGACGUCUGCUCCUCCUACAUGAAGCAUGUCGCUGACGCAAGUUAUUCGUCCCAUCAGCCCGCGUUCCAGAUUGCCUUCCAAGAUCGGAAGCGCUCACGUGAAGAUGUCUUUAACAAGGGCAUAUCAGAGGGCAUCCGCCGUCAAAAGGAGGAAAAUAGAGUGCUACUCGAUGACCUUGAACACUAUCGCUGUGAGCGCAACCAGGCGCGUGACGAGCUGUGCACCCUUCGCGCUCAGCUCGAGGUCAGCCGUGCAGACUCACAACGUCUGCAGGACCAGCUGAGACAGCAGACUGUCCCUCCAGUCGAUGUCUCCAGUUCCGUCGAAUCUGUUUCCCGCCAUUCUUCGACAAAGUCUGCUCAGGUUGACCCUCCCCCUUCCGAUCCCCCAUGCUCCACUGAAGCUCAGGUUACGAAUCCUCCCGAUCACCAACUCUCCCUUGACUUCCUAGCACCCCUUUAUCCUCAACAGAUCUCACCUCCUAUGACAACCCCUGCUUCCCCUCAAGCCCAGUUACCCGACUGCGUUGCUGCUCGUUCAUUCGCUGCCGUAUUGGCAACGGGUCAGCCGAGCAGUGAUGAUGACCCUGCUUUUCAUACAUCAGACGACUCGCCUACGUCUUUGGGCUGGACUGUCGUAGCUCCAUCCGCUUAUAAACCGACCAAGCCUGCCAAGAGCAUCAAACAUGUCCAAUCCCUCAUUAAAGCCGCACACCAGCCCGGGAACUAUAGCGCACUCACAAAAGUCAAAGCGCUCUGUUCAGAAGCACACAAAACGCCCAGAGACCAAAAGACUGAAGUCCAGCGGUACUUGUUGUCCAAUUGGCGAACUCCUGAUUGGGAGCAUCCCUCAUCACUGCCAAAGUUAUCUGCCCCAUUAAACAACCCUCGUCUCGAGGACCCCGUCGAGUGUUGGGUGUCAUACUAUACCGCGAAUCCCAGCUCUUGUCCCAAGGGCAUCCGACGCGAAGCCGACGGUCGUCCCGUCGUGUGCGAUAUGAAAGCCAGUCGAACGGUAGCUCGGCUGCGCCCCCUAGUACACCCCAGCGAUCCCGAGUCUCGCGAAGCACGGCAAAAAUACAUGGCUGUCGUCACAGAGCUCUUCUCUGAGCCAGGAGAAUACUCCAAUAUUCUUCGGAGAGGAGCCUUCAGUGUCUCUCCCCAUGUUUGCUAUGCGCCUUUUGUGGGCAUGGCUGACUCCAUUGACAAGUUGUCCAUCGCGCGUCACUUUGCCGCUUGCGGCGUGACCAUUCCCAUGGCCGACGAUGAGCUUGGGCCAUGGGCUCAGGAGUAUCUCCGCGAUACUUAGCGACAUCGCUACUUUUAAUACCUGAGUGGACUUACUCCGCAUCAUCUCCGAUCACCAUACAUUACGCGUACAGGGUCUCUGCAUUGUACUCAUAGAUUCCAUACUCGAGUCGUACGAUUCACACUUAAUUGCGGACGUAGUACGAUAUUCAGAUCGCGACGGUAUUCGUACAUAGUGUACUUCCGCACAGUAGCAACCCUUGUUGUUGCACCUCUUUGUGCUUUAUCUAAUCUACUUUGAUUGACAUCACCUUGCCAUGAAA